UCCAAUCAAUAAAUGGGGAGGUAACUCUCAGGUGUAAACAUAAACUUGUUGCACCAUGUGGAAUGACUUGGUUGGCAAGAAGGCGAGUGAAUUAGCACCUUGUUUUACCGUGUACAAGUCACCAUAGAAAGAGACUGCAUUGACAGCCAUCGACAUGGCAAAAACGCAGGUUUAUUGCGGUAUGAUAGUUCAUUCUACGAGGAAAGACUACAUGAAAAUACUUCAAAAGCAUGCCAUCGGAGUGAAAGAAGGAAAGAUUGUGUUUAUUGAAGAAUUGGAGAAAUUUCAACAGAAAGUUAACGAAAAGGAACACGAAGUUAUAAAAAUUGGUAAAAAUGGAUUUCUUAUGCCCGGGAUGAUAGACACUCAUAUACAUGCCCCGCAGUACCCAAACGCCGGGAAAGGAUUGGACAGGGGACUCCUAGAAUGGCUGACUACCUAUACCUUCCCCACAGAGGCCAAAUUUCAGGAGCCUGAAUUUGCAAAAACUGCAUACAACAGAGUUGUGAGACGAACCUUGGAGAAUGGUACAACAACGGCAAGUUAUUACGGAACUAUACACUCUGAGGCUUGUCUGACGUUGUGCGACAUCAUAGAGAAGAACGGUCAGCGGGCACUUGUUGGGAAAGUAAACAUGAAUACUAAUUCACCAGACUACUACAUUGAAGAAUCUGUGGACAAAUCUAUUUCAGAAACUCGGAAAUUUGUUGAUAACGUUCUCCAGAAAAAGUAUGCAAGAGUAUUGCCAAUUAUUACACCCAGGUUUGCAAUCUGCUGCAGUCCACAGUUAAUGGAUGCCUUAGGACUUCUGGCCAUCGAAAAGGACUUACAUGUGCAAACGCAUAUAUCGGAAACAAAGGAUGAGUGUGAAUCAGUAGGUAAAAUGUUCCCAGACUGUGAGGACUAUCUGGAUGUGUAUGACAAAGCGGGACUCAUCCAUGGCAAGACUGUACUAGGUCAUGGAAUUUACUUGUCUGAAAAAGAGAGGAAGAAGAUUAAGGAGAAAGGUGCAUCUAUAUCACACUGUCCCAACUCCAACUUAUCUAUACGAAGUGGAAUUUUUAAUGCACGCCAAUGUCUUUCAGAAGGUAUAAAAGUAGGACUGGGCACAGAUGUGUCUGGAGGGUACAGCCCCUCCAUGCUUGAUGCCAUGAGGACAGCGAUACAUACCUCCAACAUGUGGGCAAUCAAAGACCCCACCCACAAACCCAUCACCCACAGGGAAGCCUUUAUGAUGGCAACAUAUGGUGGUAGCCAAGCUUUAGCCGUCGAUCACCUGUGUGGAAACUUUGAAGUGGGGAAGGAAUUUGAUGCCCUGUUGAUAAAGCUUGACUGUCCUGGUUCACAGGUUGAUAUAUUUGAGGAGGAUUCUCUAGAAGACCUGGUGCAGAAAUUCAUUUACCUUGGUGAUAGCAGAAAUAUUCAGAAAGUUUUUGUUAAUGGAGAGGAUGUUUUACAACGAAGCGUCACAGAAAAUGGAUCCCAGGAGCAAAAUGAUAUAUAAUACUAAAGAUACCAAGAAUUAAAAAAAAUUAAAUGACCUCAGUAGAUUAGAAUUAUUCAAGAUCACAACGUGCCUUUAAUAGCGAUCAUAGGCCACUAGGAAACAUUUGUAAUUUUGAAUAUCCUUCAUAUUGAAGUCAACAGCUUUUUUAAAGCAGUAUUUAUCUGCAAAUA